AUGCCGUCGACGCCGCCACCGCAACAACACGCUCCCGCGACCUCGUCGUCGUCCUUCCUCGCCCACUUCUCGCGCUCGCCUCCCUCGGCCUCGUCGCCCUCGUCCUCAUCUCCCCCCGUCGGCUCCCACUCGACUGCCACCAGGCCCCACACCCGCCAGUCGGCACAGAAGCGCACCCGCUCCCAGUCCACCUCGACCACCACCAACGACCUCGUCGGCCCUCCUCCCCGCGUCCCGCUCCCUCCUGCCGCCAUCCACCCUCCCUCGCACCAAGACUCGCGCGACCGCCACUCGGCCUACUCGCACGUCCCGCCAGGCGCCCAGCUCAUGGACCCGACCGGCCUCACCCGCAUCCAGUCAAAGCCCCGACGCCGGGUCGGCACCUUUGAGGCCUGGCGCAUCUGGUACUCGAGCCUCACCGUCGGCUCCAUGUUUGAACAGUGGGAGGUCAUCUUUGUCCACUCGGUCGUCCUCGGCCUCUUUAUCCUCCUCGGCUGCGCCCUCGCCUACUUCCCGCCCCACCUCGCCCACGUCCUCGAGCGGUGGCGCUACUACCUCUCUGGCUCGUCCGACCUCGCGUGA